AUGGAUGGCGGGCAGAUCCAUCACGCCGACGGGAGCAGAGAAAACCCGGGCUGGCGAAACACGGCUGUGGAGGACACGGCUGUGGACACGGCUGUGGAGGACACGGCUGUGGACACGGCUGUGGACACAUCUGACGCAAAGCCUGUGGCAUGCGUCGACAGCCUACGACUGCGGCCUGCGUCUGCAGCCUACGACUGCGGCCUGCGUCUGCAGCCUACGACUGCGGCCUGCGUCUGCAGCCUACGACUGCGGCCUGCGUCUGCAGCCUGUGGCAUGCGUCGGCAGCCUACGACUGCGGCCUGCAACUGCAGCCUGUGGCAUGCGUCGGCAGCCUACGACUGCGGCCUGCAACUGCAGCCUGUGGCAUGCGUCGGCAGCCUACGACUGCGGCCUGCUGCCUACUACUGCGGCCCAAGUCUGCAACCUGCGACUGCGGCCUGCGACUGCAGCCUGUGGCAUGCGUCUGCAGUCUGCGGCCUGCGACUGCAGCCUGUGGCAUGCGUCUGCAGUCUGCGGCCUGCGACUGCAGCCUGUGACUGCAGCCUGUGGCAUGCGUCGGCAGCCUACGACUGCGGCCUGCUGCCUACUACUGCGGCCCAAGUCUGCAACCUGCGACUGCGGCCUGCGACUGCAGCCUGUGGCAUGCGUCUGCAGUCUGCGGCCUGCGGUCUGCAACUGCAGCCUGUGGCAUGCGUCUGCAGUCCCACGUCUGCGACUGCGGUCUGCGACUGCGGUCUGCGACUGCGGUCUGCGACUGCGGCCUACGUCUGCAUCUACGACUGCGGCCUACGACUGCUAUCCCUUGGAGAAACUCACUAA